UUCAUGUAAGCAAGAUAGCUCUGCAGCUUUUAAAUCAGAAAGUUUGGAAAUUAAUGUUGUAUGUUGGUCGUAAAUAAAUUAUUGACAACAAAUAUUUGUUUUUUACUUAUUUUUGUUUUAUUUAACUAUAAAAGUGAUCAAGAUUGGAUAUAUGACUUGCAAAAAUUAACCGACACUUGGCGUAUCCAGUGUUGCAGAACGGGCCAGAACCAAGCACAAAGCAGAAUUUGAUAUGCAUCGCUCGUAUUUACACAAAAUCUGAUCGGAAUUUUAAAUUUAGUUGUGAUAUUUGACACGGUCUUGUGCUUGCAGCUAGAAUGGGUGGCUUGAAGUGAUUCUUUUAAAAGUAACUGCCAUAGAUCUUGAGUAACAUGUCUUCAGAAUUUGGUGGAUAUGGGAGCAUCAAAGGUCAAUCUGGAGGUAAUCAGGAUGAUACAGGGGCCUUUGGAGGAUAUCAGUCUGAAGAUUAUGUGAUAUUCCAAUCCUUGAGUGACACUAUCAGUAGCAACAUCUUUCAAAUAAAUAGCAAUGUACAAGCACUGGAGAGAAUCUGUAAACAGCUUGGAAAUCAGCUCAAAGAAGUACCUUAUGAUAAAUUACAUCGUAUUCAACAAGGGACAAACAAGUUGGUCUCUGAAACAACUCUAUCUCUCAAACGAAUGAUAAAUCUUCAGGGUGGCACUAUUUCAGAGAAAAGGAAACAAAGACUUCAACAAGAGAGAUUAAAAGAUGAAUUUGAGAGUUCUAUUACAAAAUACAGAAAUAUUCAAAAGAAACUGGCAGAGAAAAGUAAACAAGUUAUGAAUUCAAAUGCUGCAGUAUCCUUCAGAUCCCACAAAAAUGAUCAAUCUCAAGAAUCUCAUGAUGAUGAUAAAACCAGACUCUUGUCUGAUGAACAGCAAAGUCAACAGCAACAACAAUUAGAAGAUUCAGUUUCACUGGAUCAAAGUUUGUUGGAAGAACGAGAAAGAAUGAUAAGACAACUGGAGUCUGAUAUUCUGGACGUUAAUGAAAUAUUUCGAGAUCUGGCUUCGAUCGUCUAUGACCAGGGAGAAGUCGUUGACUCAAUUGAAGGUCAUGUGAUCAGAGCACACGAUGACGUCGAAAAUGCAAACGAACAGUUGCAAAAAGCCAGUAUUUAUAGGAGAAAAGCACGGAAGAAAAAGUGCUGUUUGCUUAUAAUAUUACUCAUCGUACUGGCAAUUAUUGCAGUAGUCAUUUAUGUUGAGACAAAAUAAUAGGAAUUCUAGUUUCAUUACAGUAAUUAUUCCGAACUGAAUAUAUGUAGUAUCGUAGUUUACACAACCUCAACCUAAUGGUCACUCCAUUGAAAAAAAAAAUAAUGGUCCAUGUACUGUAUCUUGUUUCGUUACCCUUGAGGAAAUGAGCGUUCAUAGUUCACGUAUGUCAAAUGGAAUUAGCAAUCCAGUGAUUUUACGUGUAUAAAAGGUGUAGUCUGGAGGAUUGCAUUAAACAAUAGCAUUAAAUUUCGUAUUGUGAAUGGCUUUCAGAAGAUUUUAGGAAUAUGGAUAGAUCAUAGAUCGCAAAUUUAUUGCUCUAUACUGAUAAUAAUAUAAAACUUUGGAUGAUCUGUAAAUCUGUCAUCAUUUCAUUUUACUGAAGAAAUGAAUGAAAAACCAUUGUGUCACGUUUCUUU